CGACUCGACUGAGAAGGAAGAAGAAAUGAGGACUGUCUUCAUGAGGACCCACUGAAUGAGGACACUUGGCAUUGUAAAAAAUGCCCACCGCUCCCUACCCCCUGUGGGAGAGCCCUUUCACACAUGUAAUUAGGGAAGCACAGAUAAACGCGUUCUGCUUAAACGGCUUCCGUACCCAACGUAUUAUGUCAUCCCCGUAACAGAGACCCAAAAAAGAAAAAAAAAAAAUGGUCAUCUUGCGUGAACCCUUAGCUAAACACGCUAAAGAAGAGAGCAAACAAAUUAGGGGCUUCCCUACGUGAACCCUACAGUGAAAUUACUUCAAACAGUUUAUUCGCAUGAUCGGCGAUAGAUUGACCCCCCAUUGGCAAAAAUGAUUUUGGAGAUCGUCCCCCUGUACAGUCACAAGUUUUACAGCACACUGCUGAUAAUUAAAGACCUGGAUGCUUCCAAUAGGGGAUGCAAGUUGAAUGAACUUUUGCAGGAUGGCGAUAAGGAAGGAAUGAUCAGUGGGCAGACCAGCAGGGAGGGAAUUGAAGAGGACGCUGAACAACAACCCGGGGAAGAGCCCCCUGCCCCCAAGGGCGAUACAACGAGCAAGGAUCAGGGGGGUCCUCUUCCGAGGAAGACCUAUAAUUAUGACUACCUAAAUAAUAAGAAGGAUUUUUACGCAAAGGAGAAAGAUAAAAAUAUUUAUGUCCUUAUAAAUUGCGGAUGGGACGAUCAGUUCUGCACGGAAGACGUGAAGAAUGUGUUGCGGGUGUGCGAAUAUGUAGACGUCGUGCUACUCACGAACCACAGCCUGAGCUACGUGGGGUGCGCACCGCUGGUUUUCCAGGAACUACAAAAGAGGAAGAGGAAAAUCCCAAUCAUAUGCCACGAGUACGUCAAGUCGUACAGCAAGUAUGUCCUCCUGAGUUACUUCAAAUGUACGAACAAUUGCAAAUUUUUUAAAUCUUUUAAAGAGGAUGAAUAUUUAAAAAUCGUGAAUGAGCUCUUCUACAAUGUGACAUCGUUGGAGUUCAAUGAACACUACACCUUUAGGAAGAUGAUAUGCCAAAAGAAGAAAACAGUUUGUAUGCUUCCUAUGUAUUUUAUAAAUAAUGGAGACAACAUAGGAUCGUCUGCCGUAAUUAUAAAAUUUUUUAAUUCCAAAAUAUUGUACUCUGUGAAUUCCCACAUGUCUGAUUAUUCCUUCAUCGAAAAAUCGGACGUGUUGCAACAGUCUAAUGUGUUCACUUACAUUAGCAACUUUCGCUACACAAAUAAGAAUUACACCAAAAUGGCUGACAUGAAAAGCAUCCUGGGCAUCGUCAACAGAACGAUGAACAACCUCGGAUGUGUACUUCUCCCUGUGGAUAUCGACAGCGUUUUCCUGGAUCUCCUGUUCCACAUCAACGCCCUCCUGGAGGUCAGCAUGCAGAGAUACGUCCUCUUGUUCCUCUGUCCCUAUUCGGAAAACUUCACAAGGCUGCUGUUCGCUUCGCUGACCUACCUGAACAGCCACAUAAAAAGCAAUUUUCACAAAAACAGAAUAAAUAUUUUCAAGAUGAAAAACCUAGUAUGUAUAAACAACUACAGCGAUUUUAAAAAGUACGAAAAUGGGUAUUACAUUUUGUUUUCCUUCCCGGCCUCUCUGAACAACGACACGGUGAAGAAAAUCCUGUCGACGUUUCUCACCAGGAAGAAGAACGUAUUAAUAUUUACGAAGAGGUACUAUGCUCCGAGCUUUUCGCACCAAGUGUGUAGUCAUUAUUUUAGCCAUAGGGGUGAAAAGAACAAACCGGAGCUAUCCUUCUGCUUCAGCCAACAUGUAAAAUUCGAUGACGAAAAAUUGUAUGAAAUUUAUUUAAAAGAAAAAAAUAACAUCGAGAAGGACGCCGUGCUGAGCAAAGCAGCUGGUAAAAGAGUUAAGAAAAAGAAGGAGAAGGUGAGAAAAAAAAAAAAAAAAUCAAAGUUCAUUUUCGAGUCACAGGAAGAAAUGCUGUACAUAAAAAGGGAGGGUCACUUAAUCGGGAAGACAAACCUAGAAGGAAUAGACAAGCUGAAGCGGGAGGGCACUCCUGGUGAACAACUUAUAAAAAAGGAGAAGUACAAGCGGGAGGGAAGCCUCGGCCCCCACGCGGAAAACGGUAACAACGAUGACAACGGUAAUGACGAUGACGAUGAUGACGACGUGGACGAAGAUUCUACAGGGGAGGAAGACGAUCCCGACCUGGACGACGAAGAGGAAGAAACAGAAAGUGAAGAUGACGAUGACAAGGACAAUGAUAGUGAUGAUGAUGACCAUGACGAGGGGCCACACGAUCCGCAGAACUACAACGCGUAUUACCAUUCAGACGAAGAGGAAGAACAAGAAGGAGCGGACGAGGAUCCCAAAUUUCCUGGCGAGCUCUACAACCAUAGCGACCGCAAUGAGGACUACUCACAGGACGGAAUGGAACCCCCCAGAGGAAAAUCAAGAAAGGGAAAAGGCACCAUAAAAGAGGAAAAAAUAAACGAUAAUGAAUAUACUAAGUUUUCCAACCACCUUCUAAAGAAUGAACAGUCGGAUGAUCCAGACAACGCGUACUAUUCUCAUGUACACAACAUUGGUAAUCUUAAUAAGGACGCAAAAAAAAAAAAAGUAAGAAUAAAAGCAGAACCUGAAUCCAGUGAUGAUGAAGUAUAUGGACAUGAAAGUUAUACCAGCAGGCAUCCACUUUCAAAACACAGAGACCACAAAAGUAUGACAACAUUUGUAAAAAAUGAGCAGACAUUUACAAAUGAACAUGAUAAUGAUUUGGAUGAGAAUAACGAGGAGAACAGUUCCACCAACGAUGAGCGAAAGAGAACUUACCAAACGGUACACAUAUCAGAUUACUACCAAGUAAAAAAGAAAAAACUGCGUUCAGGAAAAAGGGUUAGAAAGGGGAGCAGCAUGGUAGAUGGAACUUACGAACAAAAUUGCCAUUCCUCGGAAACGCCCAAAAUGACAUGGAAAAAAAAAUUAAUUAAAUAUUUAAAAACCAUUCCUACCACUGUUCAGGAAGAGAAAGUUUCCAUUCAGGUAGAUUGCUCCGUAAGAACAUUUAACAUAGAAAAUUAUAUUAACCAGAAUGCCCUUAACAGUAUAAUACAUCUGAUGAAGCCCCAGAAUUUUGUCCUCCUUCCAAGUUGUAAUAAUUUCUUUUCUUUUCAUUUAGAAAUGUUACUGCACGCGUCGAUACAGCCCAUGGAUGAAGUAAAGUUCCACAGUUUUUACAUCCCCAAUUUUUCCAGCAGUGAAAAUAAGAGGAGCAUUUAUUUGAACCGCUACUUUUGCUCCAGUGGAAAAACUCUCGAUUCGGUUAGCAUUCCAUUAAGUGUUCGUUACGAGAAUGUGUGCAUAAAAAAUAUCUACACGAUGAUCAACACGGCCAAGGUUGCCGAUAAUCAGAUGAACGUUUUUAAAAUUAAGGCCACCAUGAGUUCCACAAGAGGCGAACCGAAUUCGCAGCUAUGUACCAGGAGGCGAAAACGGUUCAUUAACGAGCACAGCACCUUCUGGAGCGAAUUCAGCGAGGCGAACUACUCCCUUGCGAUAGACAACCAGGAUGAAGAGACACAAGAAGGGGAAAAAAACACAAAGGAAGAAAAGGAAAGUCAAAACCAGGGGGAACAAAAUACCCCCAAUGAAACGAACCAAAGUGGAGAUAAGGAAAAGUCGAAUGAGAAGAAACCCUUUUUGGAUUACUACAUGGAUGAUGAGGAAGCCAGCGGAGGAGCAACACAGGAGGAAGAAGAUCAGGAUCAUGCAGGAGAAUCAUCGGACGACUCCGACGCUUCGUCCGAAAUGCGGGACAUUCUCCCCAAUGAAGACAACACAAAUGAAGAACACACCCCAAGUGGUAGUAUCUACAUCGGUGAAGUCAGCAUGAAAAAUCUAUCCCAUGCUAUAAGUAGCACAUUUAAAAGAUCCUUAAACUUUACCCAAGAAAAUCAAAUCAUAAUUGACGGGAAGACAUGUGUUAAGAAGGAAGAGCGGGACAUAGCCACUCGAGGAACGAUGGGUAACAAAAAAGUCGAGAGAACAAAAAGGAAUAUCGUUUGGAAAGUUCAGAGCUCCCUAGACCCGUCAUUCUACAUUCUGCGAAACGUUCUGAAGGAUAUGUACAACCAUGUUUCUAUAUGA